GCCGGGGCGCCGCCCGGCACCAUGGUGCAGAAGUCGCGCAACGGCGGCGUGUACCCCGGCCCGAGCGGGGAGAAGAAGCUCAAGGUGGGCUUCGUGGGGUUGGACCCCGGCGCGCCCGACUCCACCCGGGACGGCGCGCUGCUCAUCGCCGGCUCCGAGGCCCCCAAGCGCGGCAGCAUCCUGAGCAAGCCGCGCGCGGGAGGCGCGGGCGCCGGGAAGCCCCCCAAGCGCAACGCCUUCUACCGCAAGCUGCAGAAUUUCCUCUACAACGUGCUGGAGCGGCCGCGCGGCUGGGCGUUCGUCUACCACGCCUACGUCUUCCUGCUGGUUUUCUCCUGCCUCGUGCUGUCCGUCUUCUCCACCAUCAAGGAGUACGAGAAGAGCUCCGAGGGCGCACUCUAUAUCUUGGAAAUCGUGACCAUCGUGGUGUUCGGGGUGGAGUACUUCGUGCGGAUCUGGGCGGCCGGCUGCUGCUGCCGGUACCGCGGCUGGAGGGGGCGGCUCAAGUUUGCCCGGAAGCCUUUCUGCGUAAUAGACAUCAUGGUGCUCAUCGCCUCCAUCGCCGUGCUGGCCGCUGGCUCCCAGGGCAACGUGUUCGCCACAUCGGCUCUCCGGAGCCUGCGCUUCCUACAGAUCCUCAGGAUGAUCCGUAUGGACCGGCGCGGCGGCACUUGGAAGCUGCUGGGCUCCGUGGUCUACGCCCACAGCAAGGAGCUGGUGACUGCCUGGUACAUCGGCUUCCUCUGCCUCAUCCUGGCCUCGUUUCUGGUGUACUUGGCAGAGAAGGGCGAGAAUGAUCACUUUGAUACCUACGCUGAUGCCCUCUGGUGGGGCCUGAUCACUCUGACGACCAUUGGUUAUGGGGACAAGUACCCCCAGACCUGGAACGGGAGGCUCCUGGCUGCAACGUUCACCCUCAUUGGCGUCUCCUUCUUUGCUCUUCCUGCGGGCAUUUUGGGAUCUGGCUUUGCUCUGAAAGUUCAAGAGCAGCACCGGCAGAAGCACUUUGAGAAGAGGCGGAACCCUGCAGCGGGCCUGAUCCAGUCCGCCUGGAGGUUCUAUGCCACCAACCUGUCCCGCACAGACCUGCACUCGACGUGGCAGUACUAUGAACGCACGGUGACCGUGCCCAUGUACAGACUGAUCCCGCCGCUCAACCAGCUGGAGCUGCUUCGGAACCUCAAGAGUAAAUCUGGGCUCACCUUCAGGAAGGAGCCUCAGCCGGAGCCCUCUCCAAGUCAGAAGGUCAGUUUGAAAGACCGUGUCUUCUCCAGCCCCCGAGGCGUGGCCGCCAAGGGGAAGGGGUCCCCUCAGGCCCAGACCGUCCGCCGGUCACCCAGUGCUGACCAGAGUCUGGAGGACAGUCCCAGCAAGGUGCCGAAGAGCUGGAGCUUCGGGGACCGCAGCCGGGCACGCCAGGCCUUCCGGAUCAAGGGCGCCGCGUCCCGACAGAACUCAGAAGAAGCGAGCCUCCCCGGGGAGGACGCCGCGGAGGACAACAAGAGCUGUAACUGCGAGUUUGUGACCGAAGAUCUGACCCCAGGCCUCAAAGUCAGCAUCCGGGCCGUGUGCGUGAUGCGCUUCCUGGUGUCCAAGCGGAAGUUCAAAGAGAGCUUGCGGCCAUACGACGUCAUGGACGUGAUCGAGCAGUACUCGGCCGGCCACCUGGACAUGCUGUCCCGCAUCAAGAACCUGCAGUCCAGGCAAGACCCGGAGCCUGGAUCUGGGGGCCCGUGGCCUGGCCCGGGAGGAAAGGGCCACGGGCCCCGGCGCACCCACCCGAGCUCAUGCUGGGGGGUGGGGUCUCUUCCCGGCAGAGUGGACCAGAUCGUGGGGCGGGGCCCGGCGAUCACAGACAAGGACCGCACCAAGGGCCCGGCCGAGGCCGAGUUGCCCGAGGACCCCAGCAUGAUGGGCCGGCUGGGGAAGGUGGAGAAGCAGGUGUUGUCCAUGGAGAAGAAGCUGGACUUUCUGGUGAACAUCUACAUGCAGCGCAUGGGCAUCCCCCCGACGGAGACGGAGGCGUACUUCGGGGCCAAGGAGCCCGAGCCGGCGCCGCCCUACCACAGCCCCGAGGACAGCCGCGAGCACGGGGACAGGAACGGCUGCAUCAUCAAGCUGAUCCGUUCCGCCAGCUCCACGGGCCAGAAGAACUUCUCGGCGCCCCCUGCCCAGUGUCCGCCCUCCACCUCGUGGCAGCAGCAGUGCCACCCGCGCCAGGGCCACGGCACCUCCCCUGUGGGCGACCACGGCUCGCUGGUGCGCAUCCCGCCCCCGCCCGCCCACGAGCGCUCGCUGUCCGCCUGCAGCGGGGGCAACAGGGCCAGCACGGAGUUCCUGCGGCACGAGGCCGCCCUGCGGGACAGUGACACGUCUAUCUCCAUCCCGUCCGUGGACCACGAGGAGCUGGAACGUUCCUUCAGCGGCUUCAGCAUCUCCCAGUCCAAGGAGAACCUGGACGGCCUCCACAGCUGCUACGCGGCCGCGGCGCCCUGCGCCACAGUCAGACCCUACAUCGCGGAGGGCGAGUCGGACACGGACUCGGACCUGUGCACCCCGUGCGGGCCCCCGCCGCGCUCCGCCACCGGGGAGGGCCCUUUCGGCGACGUGGGCUGGGCCGGGCCGCGGAAGUGAGGCCGCCUGCCCGCCUCCCCCCGACUCUGGCUUUCCAGGUCUGCAGACGGGACGCUCCUCAGCGACGUGGGCGGGGGCGCCUUGGUCUCGAGAAGUGAAGCCUGGCAGAAGUUAUUUCUUAACAAGGGGCCGCCAGGCCGGCCGUGCCCUCUCUGCAGACCGCUGGCUGGGGUGUGAGCAGGGGUGAUGGCAGAGGACAGACCCCUGGCGGGAGGGAAGAGGCGUGCGGUCGAGGAGCAGGGCCCGGUGAGGGUGGCAGCGAGGGGCAGGAUCGAUGGCCUCGAGGCCCGUGGGGCAGGAGCUUGGGCUGAAGGACGCACUGUUGCCCCGUGGGCGUGGCUUGGUCUUGUCCCUCUGUCCCCGCAAGGCUGGCACAACGACGCCUUCUCUCCUCCAGGGAGCUGCUGGCCUGCAGAGGAGGGGGUGAGACCUCAGGGCCUCCCAGCCUCGGCUCCUGUGGGGAGGGGCCUGCUCCACAGGCUUCUGGAACGGGGCCGUUGCGGGGGGCUCUUGCAGCCACCGGAGACCUGGGGAUGGGCACCCCCAUGUGCUGCAGGCCACGGCCAGCACCGGAUAGAGCCCCGUGUGCAGGGAGCAUGCUGGGUGGUUGCGGGCUGGUGUUUCUAGGCCUCAGGGCCAGGUAGGUCGUGGUGAGCAGGUUCACGUGCUGUCUUUCCCUGGGGGCCCUGCCUCACUGCUCCCCCACUGGUGCCUCAACAGGACCCAGGGCAGGACGAUGCCAUAACUCCUGGGGAAAGCCUUCAAAGCCCCCGAGAGGUUGGGGGGCCCCCUCCCCCCGUGGAGCUGAAGCAGCCCUGUCCUGUAGGGUGCCUCCUUCGUCCCCGCUGCGGCUGACCGUCCGCCCACCCGCUCUGCACUGACUGGUCCCUUGGCUGUGACUUCUUGGUAUCCUGGGAGUCAAGGAUGACCCUCUCCAGGCUGAGCCUCAGGGAGCAGGGGCCCUUGUCUCCUGUGGUUGGCACCUUGGCGCCAGGAACAGCAGCUCUGAGCCAGUCUCAGCAGUCUGUGGGGUGGGAGGCAUCUGGCAUUUGGAAGCGCAGCCUGGGCACCUGGCUAUCUCUGCGGCAGUGACCCCUGCGUGUGGUCGGGCUGGACGCGGGCAAGCCCACUGUGGAGUGACUUCCCCCCAAACACUAGGUCCUGGGGGAGCUUUGUCAUGACUCGGACCAGAAGUGGUUGGCGAGAGAGUCUGCCUUUGUCCUCGGAGGAGGGCUUGGAAAACAGUAUCUGAGGGUCAUGUGCCCCGGGCACGAGGUCCAGGUGCUCAGAGCUCUUUAGGGAGUAAUGUCUCUUGACCGGGCAGGGGCCGUUGCUAUGGGCUCUGUGCCUGCCCCCUCCCCUUGCCAGGACACCCCGGGUCCCACCAUAGGCGCCUCUUGCUGGCCGGGCAGCAGGUGGCUGUGCUGGGUCUGUGUUUGCCCACAGCGGAGGGCGGAGGGCGGAGGGCGGAGGGCGGAGGGCGGAGGGCACAGGCUCAGAGGUGGAAACCGCUGUUGCUGUCAGGGCCCAGCCUCCGGGAGGGGAAGGUGUGGAAGUUGCCACGGGGCCCGGGAAGCAGCGCUUCUGGGGCUGUGCUGGCUCCCUCAUGCUGAGGACCGUCCUUCUCCAGGGCUGUGUUUCUCUGGCCUCGGGCCUCAGGGUGGUGGGAAAAGUCCCUGCCCGUGCAGACGCCGCGGGCCUUGGUGUGGCCUGUGCGGAGUGGCCCGGGGAAGGUGCCUCUCCCAUCGCCAUCUCCCUCUGGGCUGAGCCCCCUUCGCCCUCCCGGCACGGGGGAGGGGGGUUCCAGCUGCAGACCGCCAGGCAGGGCAGGAGCGGGCGGCCCCUGAGCCUGGCAAGGCCGGGUCAGAUCUUGAGGCCCUGUGAGGGUUAGAGACUGUCGCCAGUGACAGACCCGCCUUGUUGGGUCUCGGCCAUCGAGGACUCCACGCCCUGGGUGGAGGCGCCUGUUGUCCCGAGAGAAAGGUUGCUGUCCCGUCCCACAUGCUCCCUGUGUUGUGUGCCCCUGCAGACGGGAGGAGCUGGCCUCAGACGUGCUCCCUGUCUACAGAGCCGCUGCACAGGGGGAGGGGUCUCUCAGGCCGCAGCAGGAGGGGUCUCAGGCAUGUUCCACGUCCGCAGGGGGGACGAGAGGCCUCCUGCCUGAGAUCUCUGGCCCCUCCGAAGGGAAGAGGCACCCAGCUCUGGGGGAUGGUUUAGGGGCUCGGCUUUGGGAGAUGAUGUCAUAGAGGCCCCCUCUCGGGACGCCCGGACCGAGGCCCGGGCGGUGCCUGUCCCUCAUGGCACCCACCUCCUGCCCCGGGGUCCCACCCUCAGAGAAGCAUAGCAGGAAAAGGCUGGAGGCAUCCGCAGGGAGCUUGAGCCCUUGGUUGGGCGUGUGCGUGAUGGGAGUACGGAGCCUGCCGGUCACCCUUGGCACAUGUGGCAAAGGUUUCCUAAGACAAGGGCACUUGUUAGGCCAGAGUAUGUGCCCCCACCAGCCCACGGCCCUGUGCUCAUGUACACGCUUGCGUACGUGCAGCACACACACAUACACAAGCACACCCACGGGGAUGUAACUUGGCACACACAUGCUCACAUGCACGCACACACUCAUGUGCACACACGCUCGUGCACACGUACACAUGUGCA